AUGGUGAGGCUUCAGCCACUGAGAUCCGAUCGUCGGUACAAGGGCGUGAGGAUGAGGAAAUGGGGCAAGUGGGUGGCGGAGGUCCGCCAGCCUCACAGCCGCGCCCGUAUAUGGCUCGGCUCCUACGACACGGCCGAGCAGGCCGCCAGGGCCUACGACGCCGCCGCCUUCUGCCUCCGCGGCCGCUCUGCGGUACUCAACUUCCCGGACGACCCGCCGGACAUAAUCUCCGCGGAGGGGCUGUCGCCGUCGGAGAUCCAGGCGGCGGCCUCGAACCACGCCCGGAAAAUGGCGGCCGCCGGAUCUGGAGGCAAGCAGCCGGAGGCCCCCGCGGGGGAGGAUGUGUUCUCCGGUGAGGCGGCGGGGACGGAGUCUUCUUCUGUUGUUGAGAGCUACUUGGCGGCAGACGGCGGAGGAGCUAACGACGGCGUCAGAGGCGGCGUGUUGUUUGAUACAUCGCCUGUGUGGAAUUUCUGA